AAAAUGGAUAAAAUAAUUGGUAUUUUUGUCUUAUUAUCAACUUCAGUGUUUGUAUUGGCUAAUAUAGAAGUAGAAACAACACAUGGACGUGUUGCAGGAAGAGAUUUCAAAUCGAUUUUUGAAGAUAGAAAAUACCAUGGUUUUAUGGGAAUACCAUUUGCGGCUCCACCUGUAAGAGAUCUCAGAUUUAAGGCACCACAAACAAUGGAACCAUGGGAUGGCGUAUUACAGGCUACAAAAGUAAAACCAGCUUGUGUACAGUUCAACACCAACUUUCGCAAAGGUCAAUCUUUAGGUCAAUAUGGUAUUGAAGACUGUCUAUACCUCGACAUAUUUACUCCAGCCGUAGAUGAAAAUAAACGACCUGUUGUCGUAUUUUUAUACAGUGAACGGCUUAAAAACUCAUACAAUAAAACUAAAGACUACGCUCCAGACUUCUUUAUAGAAGAGGAUUUAGUAGUUGUGACAAUAAGUCAUCGACUGGCCGUAUUUGGAUUCUUAUCAUUUGAAGACAAUACUUUACCAGGUAAUGCAGGAUUAAAAGACAUCGUAGCAGCGUUAGAUUGGAUAUCAAAUAAUAUAAAAAAAUUCGGAGGUGAUCCCGAAAAAGUAACUUUAUUGGGUGCCCAAGGAGGAGCUGUAGCAGUUAAUUUCCUUAUCCGUUCUAAAGCGAAAAAAUAUUUUCACUCAGCGAUACUUCAAAGUGGCACGUCACUAAAUCCUGCAUAUCUGCAAGAAAACGCCCGCGAGAGAGCCUUCGAACUCGCUAAUUUAUUAGAAAUAUCCAGCUCAAAUAGCAGUCGGGUUUUGCAAGAAUUGAAUGAUAUACCCGCUUCAAAGUUAUUUAACGUGGAACUAAGAGCUUCGCCACCCGAUUAUUUCAAAGAAACUCAGAGAAGUAUACUAUCAUUCGGUCCAAUCGUCGAAAGCGACGUGGAUGGACUUAUAACGGAAUAUCCUGAAAAUUCCUACGAAAACAUAAAUAUACCUAUCAUGAUCGGAUUCAACUCUCGAGAAGGAUUGGCGGGUUCUUAUAAGUACCUCACACAACCACAUUACCUCAAAUUCGUAGAAAAAGAUUUUCCAUUUUUAAUGCCCUUGCGAAUGAAGUUUAGAUUUGAUCCUCUUUCAGAAAGUUACUACGACGCCAUAGAUGAUAUAAAGAAAUUUUAUUUUAAAGAAGGCAAGGUAACCAUAAAAAGUACUCCAGAGUAUGUGACUUAUCUCGGGGAUCUACAUUCUUAUUCUAUGGAUAUGACGGCAAAAACGUAUGCUAAUUUAUCGUCGAGCCCAGUUUAUUACUAUCACUUUGACUUUUACAGCGAUUUGAAUGAGAAUAAAAAUGAUUUAUUGGCGAUGUCAGUAGUUGAAGACGGUACUUGGGGGGCGGCGACAGGAGAUGAACUGUGUUAUUUAUUCCGAUGUCCAAGCUUGAAAGAUAAAUAUGCAAAGCAUAAACGUUUGAAAUCACAAGAAAUGAUAGUACAAAAGAAAAUGAUAAAGUUAUGGGCAAACUUUGUGAAAUAUGGAAACCCAACUCCUGAGAACAAAAAUCCAUUGAACGAUAUUGAGUGGACUCCUUAUAAUUUGAAAACAAAAGAAUACUUACUCAUUGGCAGGAAGUUUCAAGUGAAAAAGAAUUUAUGGCAAAGAAAGUUUACGUUCUGGGAUAACUUUAUUAACAAAUGGGAAAAGAGGGCUCAUGAAGCCGAUUAA